AAAGCAUUGAAUAAUUUCAUACAAAUACAUCAUGCCCGAUGUCAUCAAUCAUCUUGAAUUUUCAAAUGCAAUAGUGCAAUUGUUGGUGGGCACUUUUAAGGACGAUCAAUGAAACUAGGUUUUAAGCCAAACAUAUAGAUGGCUUAUAAAUAAUUCAGAGACGGAAACUAAUAACCACCUCUGUCAAUCUCACCAUAAUCGUUUAUGAUGGCUCUCAACUCCUGUAUGAAGCAUAUAAUUAUUUUUCUGGCAUCCUCUCUUUCCAUGCAGUCAUGGACGGGGAGAUGCGGCGGAGAACCCACCCCUACUGCUGCGGCGGUGAAUGCGGAGGAACUCCCAAUAUCUGAGCACUUUGAGCAGUGGAUGAUCCUCCAUGAGCGUUCUUACAGAGAUGAAGUAGAGAAGGCAGAACGGUUCGAGAUCUUCAAGAAAAACAAAGCGUACGUGGAUUCUUUCAAUCUGCAGGCGGCGGAGAAGAACCACACGUACACACUCGGAAUCAAUCAGUUCUCCGACAUGACUGAUGACGAGUUUAUAGAAUUUUAGGUGUCAGACUCCAUAGAUGCAGAAUAGAGCUUUUAGGAAUAAAAAUGAAGAGGAUGAAAAGCAACUACUAUUCAGAAGGUUGAUUACAAGUUCUUAUACCAAGAAGACAUAAGCCAGUAGAAUUAACGAACUAAGAACAACAAGUAUAACUAAUCUGUAACUGACUAAAAUGAUCUAGAUUCUUCUGGACUCUUCUCUUCAUUGUGUGCGUAUGUAUGUCUUCUAUUUUCCACGUAUGCAUUGCUAUUGGGUGAGUUGGACAUCUGCAUAUUUUUAUUACUCCAAGACCCCCCCUCAAGAGGAGAGUACAAGUUUUGUACACUCAUCUUGGAAAGCAAAAAGUGAAAAGGAUUUCUUCCAAGUGGUUUAGUGAACAAAUCAGCUAUUUGAUGUGCAGUUGGAACAUAGAGAGUAUGAAUAACACCAGAUUGUAUCCAUUCCCUUAUGAAAUGACAGUCAAUUUCCACAUGUUUUGUUCUUUCAUGAUGUACUGGGUUAGCAGCCAUAGCAAGAGCAGAUUUACUAUCACAGAAUAUAGUGGCAGUCUUGAUAGGAAGCUGGAGUUCUUUAAGGAGCUGUAGUAAACUGAGUACUUCAGCAGCAGAUGCAGCUAAGGCUCUGUAUUCAGCUUCUGCUGAACUUCUGGAUACAGUAUUUUGUUUCUUGGAUUUCCAAGAAAUGAGAGAAUCUCCUAGAAACAUGCAAUAUCCUGUUAUUGAUCUGCGAGUGUCAAUACAGCUUGCCCAGUCUGAGUCUGAGAAUCCCUUUAAUUCCAAUUUGGAAUUAGAUGAGUAGAACAAUCCUUGUCCAAUAGAACCCUUGAGAUAACGAAGGAUUCUAUGAGCUACAGAUAGAUGGGAGAUACCAGGUUUUUGCAUGAAUUGAGCAAGAGUAUUUACUGCAAAAGUGAUGUCUGGCCUGGUAAUGGUUAAGUACAGCAACUUGCCAAUUAGUGAUCUGUAUGUAGAAGCAUCAGUGAGG